AUGCAGCAGCAGGUGCGGGACGUGCUCGCCGCCCACGCGCGGGAGCAGGCCAGGCUGGACAGGGAGCUCGAGGACGAGCACCGCCUCUUUGAGAGCGGCCUCGCCACCACCGCGCGGCAGACGGCGUCGCCUGCGGAGGUGUUGCCGUUUCGCCACCUUUUGCGGAACCUCUGCCGCGACGCGGUGGAGAGCGGCCGGGAGCACUUCCCCCCCUGCGCCGUCGACGACGGCGUGGCGGAGUCGCUGCAGCACAUCAAUGAGGCCUUUCGCGUGAAGGCGGCCACCACCUCGCUGGGGGCGCUUGUGCAGAUGGGGAACAUGCCGCCGCCCCGGUCCUCCAACUCAUCGCUCUCCACCACCGCCACAGGGACCCCAACUGUCGCGAACGCGGGGAACACGUCCGCUUCGGUUCCUAUUGCGGCUGGGGAGUCGUCGCAGCUGUCGUCUCUCGCGGGCAAAGACGUGAACCGCGCGGCCGGCGUUAGCGGCGUUGCUAGGAUGAAGCGACUGCGCAGUAGUAGUGCCAUGUCGGACUCGCGGCGUACGUCUUCGCGCGCCGAGAAGUAG